GGUAGGUAACGCGCGAGGCUGAAGCCGGAUCUCUCUCUCUCGUCUCGAGUGAAAGAAAAGUGAACCAUACAUGACAGUAACCUGCAUGUACGGCGGCGCAGUCGGAACAUAUUUACAGUAUUUCGUCCCUAUUCCACUUUGAAACAGCUCUCCCGAGGUCAAUUGGGCCCACCCGCCGUCUUUUGCCCGCCGCUGCGCAUCGCCCAUCGGAUGGCGUCGAUCAACGACCUGGCCACGGCCGCUUCAGCCGUGUCGGCGCUCGCGCCUCCUCCAUACACCACCAGCUCGACAGCCUCGUCUGGCCCGUCGCCAGCUGCCGCAGGAGAAGCGCCCAGCGAGGGCGCCGCCGUCGUCCGCGGCGCAUUGGUAGUGCUCGAGGGCCUCGACCGCAGCGGCAAGACCACUCAGGUUAAGCUCCUCGAGCAGCGCUUUGUCGAGCUGGGGCGCAGGGUUAAGGUGAUGCGGUUUCCGGAUCGCACAACACCAAUCGGGCAGAUGAUCGACGGCUACCUCAAGAGCCAGGUCGAAAUGGACGACCACGCCAUACACCUGCUCUUCACAGCGAACAGGUGGGAGGCCGCAAAAACCAUCGUGGCGCUCCUCAACUCGGGCGUGACGGUGCUCUGCGACCGGUACUACCACAGCGGGAUCGUGUACUCGGCGGCGAAGCAGAACCCGGCACUGUCGCUGACGUGGGCGCGGGCGCCCGAGAUUGGGCUGCCGCGGCCGGACCUGGUGCUGUUCCUCGACCUGGACGAGGCGCAGGCGCGCGGCCGCGGCGGCUGGGGCGGCGAGGUGUACGAGAAGGGCGAGAUGCAGCGCCGCGUGCGCGAGCUGUUCUGGGGCCUCAGCAUGGGCAAGAUCAACACCGUCCCCGUCUCCGUGGCCGGCUCGGCGGCGGGCGGCAGGCCCAGCGCGCCCGCCGCCGGGGAAGCUGCGGUUGCCGUGGGCCCGCCGACCCCUGAGACUCUGACAGGCACAGAGCAGCUGUUCCGGCAAGAAGAAGAGGACCUGCAUGUAAUUGAUGCGAGUCCGUCUGUGGAGGAGGUGGCGGAAGAGGUGUGGAGAGUGGUCAAGACAAGGGUAGAAGCGGUCGAGAAUGGGGAGGUCGGCAAUGUCGUGAGGAGGGUAUCAUGAUGCUAUCACGGCGGAGUUUGAGGAUUUUCGUGUACAAAUAUUAGAUGUCGCUUCCAUACCUGCCGUUCUCAAGACCGCUUUUUCGAGAUUGCCCUCAGGGGUCUAGUGUAGAUAGCGCUAGUUAGGGGGUGUUGUAUUGUAGAUUAUGAUGUUGACGCAGCAAAAAAACGAGAGAGAAAGCACGGCA